AUGGAAAACCCCUUAAACCUUUCACAAUGCAAUUUUAAUCAAUAUCAACAUUGGCAAAACGUCGCAGUUCUUUGGGCUCCAGUUUAUGGAUUUCCAGUUUAUGCAACAGCGGUUUUUCUACUGAAAUACUAUUCGGAUACUCAAAGUCAGUAUAUCCGAGCCGCACAGUUUAUAGCAGUCAUUCUAAACUAUCUUGAAUUAAUUGAUAUGUCUACUUUAUUCUAUCCACAGUUCGCAAUUCCUGUAUUGGGUCUUCAAGUUGGUGGAAUUUUAGAGAACAUUUACCCGAGAGUUAUAACAUAUCUGAUAGCUGCUUUAGUCCUUCACCAUGGUAUCAACACGACAACUCUCUUUAUUGCUCAUUGUCGUCUAAUGUUAUUAUCAAGAUCUUUGAUUCUGAGAAAGAAUUCCACGAAUACUUUUUUGAGAAGAGCUCAUCAACUAGCAAGCGCUAAUUAUGUCUUGAUGAUCGUCAGUGUUGGGAGUAUCCUACUAUUAUUUAGAGUGGACAACAUAGAAUAUCAAACUGCUUGGAAAAGAGAAUUUUAUCAAAAGUAUAAAUUAGAGUUUAUCUUGUGUCCCAAAUAUUACGUUCUGGAUCCAACGGCUUGGGAAUUCACAGUUAUGAUGAUCGUUGCUUGUUCCGUAACUGUUCUUUUCGCAUUUGUUUUCGUUCUAUGUAGUCUCACAACUAUAGCAAUUGUUCAAUCUGCAAAGGAUACAAUGUCAGUUCAAACAAUGAGAUAUCAUAUGCAAGUUGUAAUUUCUUUCCUCAUAUCAUGCGGCAUUCAAGCAUUUUUCGUUGUCCUUCCAGUUGUUCAUAUGUUGUUAUGUGUAUAUUUCGAGUUUAUGAAAACGUAUACGGGUGGUUUGCUCUUUUACUCAUUAUUCACUCAAGCACACCAAGGAACUGCAUUCACACUAUUCUAUGUUAUUUCACACAGAAAAACAAAGAAGACGUGGAGAAGAUGUGUCCGAGUCGCACGGAAAAUCAAAACGGAAAGACUAUUCAAACGAAGUAUUUGA